UCAGGAUCCCCUCCCUCCGUGCCCAGUCCCGUCUUUUGUCUCUUGUCUCCUCCCCGCGCUGCCUCGGUUUCCCUCCUUGGAAGAAUCCGGAAGGAAGGAAGAGACAGAUCCUGCAAAGCGUGGAAGGAUGGAAGGGGGAAGAUGGACGGUUGACCUGGUCAGGUUGUCUCCUGCAUCCCUUCGCACAACCUCUGAGCGUUCCCUUCCAGGGACCUCAGAGAGAUCUGAACCCUGCAGCUUGUUGUGGCUUCUCAACUCCUCGGGAAGGAAGGAAGAGACAGAUCCUGCAAAGCGUGGAAGGAUGGAAGGGGGAAGAUGGACGGUUGACCUGGUCAGGUUGUCUCCUGCAUCCCUCCUCACAACCUCUGAGCAUUCCCUCCCAGGGACCUCAGAGAGAUCUGAUGGUGAUCAAUUGGAAGGGAAGAACAAGGGGGACCACAACAGUAUCCACAUUGUGGAGAAGUCAACUAAAUAUUCAGGGUGUGGAGAGAACAUCCAUCAGAGCUCCCAGUCCACCUCCCAUCAAAGAAAGAGCUUCAUUUGGAGGGAUAGCCUUACUUCACACGAAAGAACUCACAAUGGAGAGAAAUUGUAUCAGUGCUUGGAAUGUGGAAAGAGCUUCACUCGGAAGGAUAGUCUCACUUCCCAUCACAGAAUUCAUACAGGGGAGAAACCCUAUCCGUGCUUGGAAUGUGGAAAGAGAUUCAGUCAACGUUCCCAUCUAACUUCCCAUCGAAAAGUUCAUACGGGGGAGAAACCCUAUCAGUGCUUCGAAUGUGGAAAGAGCUUCCAGAAUGGGGCCGGGCUCAAUUUGCAUCAAAGAAUUCAUACAGGGGAGAAACCACAUCAGUGUUUGGAAUGUGGAAAAAGCUUCAGCCAGGCGAUCCAUCUCACUACCCAUCAAAGAAUUCAUACAGGGGAGAAACCCUAUCAGUGCUUAGAAUGCGGAAAAAGCUUCAGUCAAAGUUCCAAUCUAACUAGCCAUCAUAGAGUUCAUACACAAGAGAAAUCCUAUCAGUGCUUAGAAUGUGGAAAGAGCUUCAGUCUCAGACAGAGUCUCACUUCCCAUAACAGAAUUCAUACAGGGGAGAAACCUUUUCAAUGCCAUGAGUGUGGAAAGAGCUUUGGUCACCAUUCCUCUCUCAAUUUCCAUCGAAGAAUUCAUACAGGGGAGAAACCGUAUAAGUGCUUGGAAUGUGGAAAGAGCUUCCGGGAGAGGGCCAGGCUCACAUCCCAUCAAAGAAUUCAUACAAAGGAGAAACCUUAUCAGCGUUUGGAGUGUGAGAAUAGCUUCAGGCACAGGCAGGGUCUCACUUUGCAUCAACCAAAUCAUACCAGGGAAAAACCCCAUAAAUGCUUGAAAUGUGGAAAGAGCUUCAGUCGGAAGAACACUCUCACUAGACAUCAAAGAAUUCAUACAAGGGAGAAAUCAUAUCCAUGCCUGGAAUGUGGAAAGAGCUUCCAGGAGAGAGCCAGUCUUACUUUGCACCAAAAAGUUCAUAUAGGGGAGAAACCCUAUCAGUGCUUAGAAUGCGGAAAGAGCUUCAGGGAGAGGACCAACCUCACAUCCCAUCAAAGAGUCCAUACAGGGGAGAAACCCUAUCAGUGCUUAGAAUGUGGAAAGAGCUUCAGUCACAGACAGAGUCUCACUUCCCAUAACAGAAUUCAUACAGGGGAGAAACCCUAUCAGUGCUUAGAAUGCGGAAAGAGCUUCAGUCAAAGUUCCCAUCUAAGUAGUCAUCAUAGAGUUCAUACAGGGGAGAAACCCUAUCAGUGCUUAGAAUGUGGAAAGAGCUUCAGGGAGCGGACCAACCUCACAUCCCAUCAAAGAGUCCAUACAGGGGAGAAACCCUAUCAGUGCUUAGAAUGUGGAAAGAGCUUCAGUCACAGACAGAGUCUCACUUCCCAUAACAGAAUUCAUACAGGGGAGAAACCCUAUCAGUGCUUAGAAUGCGGAAAGAGCUUCAGUCAAAGUUCCCAUCUAAGUAGUCAUCAUAGAGUUCAUACAGGGGAGAAACCCUAUCAGUGCUUAGAAUGUGGAAAGAGCUUCAGGGAGCGGACCUACCUCACAUCCCAUCAAAGAGUCCAUACAGGGGAGAAACCCUAUCAGUGCUUGGAAUGUGGAAAGAGCUUCCGGGAGAGGACCAAGCUCACAUACCAUCAAAGAGUCCAUACAGGGGAGAAACCCUAUCAGUGCUUGGAAUGUGGAAAGAGCUUCCGGGAGAGGAUGCAGCUCACUUCCCAUCACAGAAUUCAUACAGGGGAGAAACCAUAUCCAUGCCUGGAAUGUGGAAAGAGCUUCCGUUACAGGCAGAGUCUUACUUCGCAUCGAAAAGUUCAUACGGGGGAGAAACCCUAUCAGUGCUUCGAAUGUGGAAAGAGCUUUCGUCUGAGUAGUAGUCUCACUUCCCAUCAAAGAAUUCAUACAGGGGAGAAACCACAUCAGUGUUUGGAAUGUGGAAAAAGCUUCAGCCGGGUGAUCCAUCUCACUUCCCAUCAAAGAAUUCAUACAGGGGAUAAACCCUUUCAAUGCCAUGAGUGUGGAAAGAGCUUUAGUCACCGUUCCACUCUCACUUCCCAUCAAAGAAUUCAUACAGGGGAUAAACCCUUUCAAUGCCAUGAGUGUGGAAAGAGCUUUCGUCAAUGUUCCACUCUCACUUUCCAUCAAAGAAUUCAUACAGGGGAGAAACCUUUUCAAUGCCAUAAGUGUGGAAAGAGCUUUCGUCACCGUUACACUCUCACUUUCCAUCAAAGAAUUCAUAAAGGGGAGAAACCAUAGCAGUGUUUGGAAUGUGGAAAGCGCUUCCGGGAGCGAGCCAAGCUCACUUCCCAUCAAAGAAUUCAUACAGGGGAGAAACCCUUUCAAUGCCAUGAGUGUGGAAAGAGCUUUCGUCAUAGUUCCAAUCUCAUGACCCAUCAAAGAAUUCAUAAAGGGGAGAAACCAUAUAAGUGUUUGGAAUGUGGAAAGAGCUUCUGGGAGGGGGCCAAGCUCACUUCCCAUCAAAGAAUUCACACAGGGGAGAAACCCUUUCAAUGCCAUGAGUGUGGAAAGAGCUUUGGUCACAGUUCCUAUCUCAUGACCCAUCAAAGAACUCAUACAGGUCAGAAACCCUAUCAGUGCUUGGAAUGUGGAAAGAGCUUCAAUCGGAAAAAUAUUCUCACUUCCCAUCAAAGAAUUCAUACAGAGGGAAAACCAAAAGAGAAC